AUGAAGGACCGAUCAGAAGCGAGGCCCUUGCUGCUCGUGUCUCCUUGCUGGUGGCAACCCGACCUUCAGCUUGCCAGCGACAGGCAGGAAUCCGGUUUGCUGGCUGAUGUCACGCCCGUUCCAAGGCAGGUUUUUCCCAGGGGAACCUCCUGGGGUGUGUCCUAUGAGGUAGAAGAUUCUUGCUCGGUUCCUUGUGUUUGGGAUGAUCCAGAUGAGAUAGUGCAUCAGUUGCUCACAGGAAGAAACCACCACAAUGAGAAUCCUCUUCUAAUCUGGCAAGUACUGUUCCUACUUGACUGA